GCAGAGGAUUUCAGAAUUGUGUACGUGCGCUGGCUUAUUCGACACGUUAGUUGGUAGUAGUGUGGUGUAUUCGAAACGAAGCUCGUGUGGGUAAUGUGCUUGCGAGAGAGAGAGUGCGGCCAAGUGUGUUUCACGGGAAAAGAAAAUGGCCGCUGUCGCGUGUGCAGCACCAGUUCUGUAGUGCUCCUGCAUAAAUCGUUCAAUUCCGUGCGGUAAAGAGUUUUUUCGAGUGUCCAUCUGUGCUCUUCCGGUGUCCUUAAGGAUUUAGCAUAACUGAACGUGAUGUAUAAAUUUAUGAAAAAUCCCAGUAACAUUUUGUUCCAUUCAAAUUCAUGAAUAAGGUUAAUCGUCCUAACAGUUUGGAAUAUAAGUGUAAAUGUGUGUUUUUAGGUUAUUUCUGGUAUUACGGAGAGUUUAAAUAUAAAUCGGCGAAUGUGAGUUUUGUGUUAGGCUCCCUAACUAAGUUUAAGUGAAUUUUUGGAAAAAAGUGAUUGUGUGCGUGAAUUUUUGGAAAAAAGUGAUUCCGGUUCUAUAAUGACCGGAAAUUUGCGCGAGUAAAGAAAAUGCAAAAUAAAUUAUAUAAGUGUGUCACUUAUCAAAAGAAGCGUUCUAAUUCAGCUAAUUCCCAAUGCAGUGUAGUUUGGAAUGGAGCGAAAUGUUAACAACGCAUACUAGUGUACUGUUCUACUAAAAUAUGGUAUGUUGAGUGAGCAGAAAGCAAGGAAGCAGCAACCUCACCGUGUACAGUGCAUCGUUGAAUACAGCAAGCAAAGUAGCCAAAGGAAGAAAAAAAGUGGAUAAAAAUAAGGUGGUUCGGGCAGAAAACAGCAUAAGCAUUGUGUUUCCUUCACUCGCAUUAGCGAUUGUGUACGGGUGCACACGCACACACAUACGCACCAUCAUCAUACGCAUCCUAAGGAAGAAAGGGGAAGGUGAAGGAUCACAGCGUGCUGUAUAGUGCUGUGAGCGUAGGGAAAUCGUCGCUUUUUCACGUUUUCCUGAUCCUUUCCCCUCAGUUUGCCGAUAGGUCUUCAGGUUCUGUCUUGAAAGCAGAAUCUCUAGCAUUGUGUGUCUUGUGUGUUCGCGUGUGUGUAUCACGGUAAAGCCUGUAUAAAAGUGUGUAUGUGCGUGUGUGUGGGUGUGUGCGGUUUUCUCUAGAAGUUAAUGUGCAUGUGCUGCGUCCGGUGCAGUAAAUUUGCGAGCGAGAUCGAAAAGAUGCGCUGAAGAUAUUUUAUCGGCAUGAAAUGGAAGCAGCCACCAUUCGUUCAAUGCAGCAGGUCGGGCCAACCGGACAGCGGACCGACUCUGGCCCUUCGCCUCAACCGACGCCGCCUGGAAUGUCGUAUCAGCAGCGCGUCCAAACUGCGACCGCUGCUCAAAUUCAUCGGACGGCUGAUGCGACGCAGGGUUAUAGUAAGGGAGGAGGACCGUCAUCUUCACAAACAGUGCCUCGAUCCGCGGCUAGUCCAUUAUCUCCACCAAGGCCAGGCCCGGGAGCCGCUGGUGCCGCAAAUUAUCCAUCGUUUGGUGGUGCUCCGGCGAGAGAAUCACCUCUGCGAUAUGUGCAAAAUAAUUCGUAUGUUCCUGCCUUUAUUCGAGAUGCGAGCCCAUUCAGCCGUGUUCCACAGGUACAGCAAAUCGUCACUGAGUACCGGCAAGCGGUUCCUUCAUCGGUUACCGGCGGAACAAGCGUGGUGCCCAAUAGCAUAGUCGUCUCUCCUUCUAUCAGCAUUGUCAACAAUAUGGAUGUGGGACCGUUACAUUCGGCAUCACAUCACAUUCAGCAGCAACAACAGCAGUCGCAACAAUCACAACAGUCCCAACAGUCACAGCUGCUCCAACAACAACAAUCGCAGAACCAACAGCAGCUUCAUCAUCAGUCUCCGCAGCCGCAACAGCAAUCACUGCAGCAACAACAGUCGCAGUUGGAGGAACAGAAAUCACUGCAGCAACAGUCGCAGUUGGAGCAACAGCAAUCACAGCAGCAGCAACAAUCGCAGCAACAGCAGUCGCAGAAACAGCAGUCUCAGCAACAACAGCAGCCACAGCAACAACAGCAGCCACAGCAACAACAGCAGCCACAGCAACAACAACAGCAACAUUCGCAGCAAUUUAUGCAACCACUACAGCAUCAUUUGCAGCAUCAGCAUCCAAAGCAGGAAGAGUCGCAGUCACUACGACCACAGGAACAGCAGCUCCGUCAGCCGCAACCGAAGCAGUCGCAGUCGCAGUCGCAGUCGCAGUCGCAGUCGCAGUCGCAGUCGCAGUCGCAGUCGCAGUCGCAGUCGCAGUCGCAGUCGCAGUCGCAGUCGCAGUCGCAGUCGCAGGAAGAGUCACAGUCGCAACCACAGCCAGAGCCACAGCCGCAACCAGAGCCACAACCGCAGUCUCAACAACAGUUACAGUCGCUGUCGCAGCCAGAGCCACAACCACAAUCUCAACCACAGUUACAGUCGCUGCCGCAGCCAGAGCCACAGCCGCAGUCUCAAUCACAGUUACAGACCCAAGCACAGGCACAGCCGCAGUCUCAACCACAGGCACAGCCACAGCCACACGCACCGGCACAGACACAGCUACAGCCACAGGCACCAGGACAGGUACAGGCACCGGCACAGGUACAUGUACAGGUACAGGCACAGGCACAGCCGCAGUCUCAACCACAAGCACAGGCGCAGACACAGACACAGGCACAGCCAGAGCCACAGAGCCAGGCACAGGCACAGCAACAGUCACAGCAGUCGAAGUCGGAAGCGCAGUCACAUUCGCAGCCUCAGUUAGAGGUGCAAUCCUUGUCGCAACCGCUGUUGCAAUCGCUGUCGGAGAAUCAGAUGCAGACGCAGUCCCAGUCAGAAACUCAGACGCAUACGCAGCCUAUUUCGCAGCCGAAGCCGCAUUCGCAGACGCAAAUGCAACAGCCGUCGCAACUAAAACCGCAGUCUCGGUCGAAACCGGAGUCGCAGUCUAAGUCUCAGUUAGAGUCGCUAACGUAUACGCUGCCGCAGAUACAAUCUCCACCAGAACAACAGUCGCAAUCACAAAAACCACUCAAAGAGCAACAAGAACAACAACAAGAGCAACAAAAACAACAGCAGCAGGCGCAGCAGGAGCAACAACAUCAACAGCAGCAACAGAAAUCACAAGUGCAACAACAGCAACGGCAACAACCGCAACAACAUCAGCCUCAGUCGCCACAACAACCACAGCAACCACAGGAGCCACAGCAAUCACAAGAGCCACAGCAAUCACAGGAGCCACAACGGUCUCAACAGCCACAGGAGCCACAAGAGCCACAUCAACCACAGGAACCACAAGAGCCUCAUCAACCACAGGCGUCUCAACAACCACAGGAGCCACAACAGUCUCAACAGCCACAGGAGCCACAGCAGCAACAGCAACCACAGCAGCCACAGCAGCCACAGCAGCCACAGCAGCCACAGCAGCCACAGCAGCCACAGCAACCACAGCAGCCACAGCAGCCACAGCAGCCAAAGCAGCCACAGCAGCCACAGCAGCCACAGCAGCCACAGCAACCACAGCAGCCACAGCAGCCACAGCAACCACAGCAGCCACAGCAGCCACAGCAGCCUCAGCAGCCACAGCAGCCACAGCAGCCACAGCAGCCACAGCAAGCACAGCAGCCACAGCAGUCACAGCAGUCACAUCAGCCACAGCAGCCACAGCAGCCACAGAAGCCACAGCAGCCACAGCAGCCACAGCAGCCACAGCAGCCACAGCAGCCACAGCAGCCACAGCAGCCACAGCAGUCACAGUCGUCACAUCAACCACAGCAGCUACAACAGCCAGAAUUGCCUGAACUGCCACAGCAGCAACAACAAUCACAGCAACCACAACAGCAACAGCAGCCACAGCAGCAACAGCAGCAACAGCAGCAACAGCAUCAACAGCAGCAACAGCAGCAACAGCAGCAACAGCAGCAACAGCAGCAACAGCAGCAACAGCAGCAACAGCAGCAACAGCAGCAACAGCAACAACAGACACAACAGACACAACAGACACAACAGACACAACAGACACUGCAGCCUCAGCAGCAACAGCAAAAACAGCAGCCACAGCAGCAACAGCAGCCACAGCAGCCACAGCCACAACAGCAACAGCCCCAGCAGAUACAGCUACAGCAAGCACAACAGCAACAGCCCCAGCAGAUACAGCUACAGCAAGCACAACAGCCACUGCACCCAAAGCUUGCAAAGCAAUCACAACACCUACAACUGCCACAUCAGCCACAACAGCAACAUCAACCACAGGCGUCUCAACAACCACAGCAGCAGUCGCAACAGCAACAGCAGCUACAUCAGCCACAGAAACAACUACAGACGCAGCUGCAGUUGCAGCAGUCACAGCAGUCACCUCAAUCACAGCAGCUGACGCAGCAGCAGCAGUCACAGCGGUUACAGCAACCACAACGGCAUCAUAUGCAGCAACAACAACAACAACAACAACAACAACAGCAACAGCAACAGCAACAGCAACAGCAACAGCAACAGCAACAGCAACAGCAACAGCAACAGCAACAGCAACAGCAACAGCAACAGCAACAGCAACAGCAACAGCAACAGCAACAGCAACAGCAACAGCAACAGCAACAGCAACAGCAACAGCAACAGCAACAGCAACAGCAACAGCAACAGCAACAGCAACAGCAACAGCAACAGCAACAGCAACAGCAACAGCAACAGCAACAGCAACAGCAACAGCAACAGCAACAGCAACAGCAACAGCAACAGCAACAGCAACAGCAACAGCAACAGCAACAGCAACAGCAACAGCAACAGCAACAGCAACAGCAACAGCAACAGCAACAGCGGCAACAUCAGCAAUAUCAGCAGCCACGGCCGCCUCAGCCGCAAACUAUUCUAGGGCAACCAUCUUCAGUUUCUUCACAACAUGUUGGAGGAGGAACCCCCAUAAUGGUUACAUCAUUGCCACAGCAACAAAUACCCCAUCUCCCUCUAUUAGUACAGCAGAUUCCACAGCAGAUGGCGCAACAAACAUCAAGGCAACGUAUUACUUUACUCCAUCCUUCACCAGAUUAUCUUCUGCAAUCUUCGAGAUCAGUAGUCCCAGCGGUAACCGACAGCAAUGGACCACCGGCAUUUAAAAAGAUACGAUUAAAUGAGGUUGUCGGUUCACAGCAUCCGCCGCCAGUUGUUGGCUCCGCUGUGCCACUGCCAAUUGGUAGUACUAGCAAUGCAACGACGCUGCUGAAGAUAGAUACUAGGGAAUCGCCGGUUGUUAUGGUAACUUCGGGAGCAUACCAUCCGCAAGUGGAAGCUAUCUCGCCUACACUGCCCAGUGAUCCCAUGGAAGAGUUGCGUGCCACAAAGGACGAAUUGUUACAACAAAUUGCGAAGGUAGAUAAUGAGAUUGACAAGGCGGAGAAGAAGAUUGCUUCAUUGAAGAAAAAGCAGGAAUCACUCGAGGAAGCAUCUGCUAAACCACCGAUUGAAGAAAGCUCCUCAGAGGCGCAACCUAAGCACCGCAAUCUAGCGCAAAAAAUAUAUGCGGAAAAUCGUAAACGUGCCUCCGCAGCUCAUGCCGUCCUAAGUACGCUCUGUUCAUACGGAGCUGACCCUCUUCCGUUGUAUAAUCAGCCGACGGAUGCGGAAAUGUGCCGGGAAAUACAAGAACGUCAUCGGAUGUUUAAGCAACGACUGUUGUUGCACUUCCGGAAGAUCAAAACAGAACGUGCCGCAAAGCAGUGCGAGAUAACCGAACGUUACGCCCUACUAUCGCAGGAAUGGACCAAGCGCGUCGAUAAGCUAGAGGCGAGCGCCAAGCGUAAGGCAAAAGAGGCCAAGAAUCGCGAGUUCUUUGAAAAGGUUUUUCCGGAGCUUCGAAAGCAGCGGGAAGAUAAGGAACGAUUUAAUCGUGUAGGUUCUAGAAUAAAAUCUGAAGCCGAUCUUGAAGAGAUCAUGGAUGGUCUUCAAGAACAGGCCAUGGAGGAUAAGAAAAUGCGCUCAUAUGCUGUGAUUCCACCUUUAAUGUUAGACUCCAGACAAAGAAGGCUAGUGUUUAAUAACGAAAAUGGAGCGCUAAUAGACAUGGAAACGGAAUUUAAGGAGCGGUUAAGUUUGAAUGUGUGGACAUCUGGUGAAAAGGAAAUUUUUCGAGAAAAGUUUUUGCAGCAUUCGAAAAAUUUUGGCACAAUUGCUGCUAGUUUGGACAGGAAAAGUGCGCAGGAUUGUGUGCGAUAUUACUACCUCAGUAAGAAGACGGAAAAUUAUAAGCAGUUGUUAAGGAAGUCCCGACAGCGAACAAGAAGCUCUAGAAACCCUCAAAAAUCUAACCAGCAGCAAACACAAUCAAUUGUGGAUGCAAUGACUACUGGUGUUACAACAAGACUACAACGUGAACAACAACAAAAGACUGUAGGCCGUGAUCGUGCCGCGAAUUCAACAAAUAGUACGAUAGGAAGUAAUGCGACAGCCAAUAUUGUCAAUGUCACGACAAAUCCGUCAUCUAACAGUGUUCCCGCAAGCAGUAAUAAUGGCAGUAGUGGCAAUAAUAUCAACAACAGUAAUAAUAAUAAUAUUACAAGUACUAACAUGAUGAGCGACGUCACUAGCACGGGUAAUAACGGCAGCAUUAAUGGUAGUUGUAUUACGAAUUCUUCGUCCCUAUCACCUAGUAGUUAUGUGACUGCAUCGAUCAACGCUUCCUCCGUUACAUCUGCAUGUAGUGUGAAUAGCAGCAACACCUCUUGCAGCAAUGACAACAACACCAUUGUAAUUGACAAUGCAACUGAAUCGACUUAUAACAGUAAUAACAGUGCAGUACAUGUUAACAGUAGCUUUGCUUCUGGUGGAGACGCUGUAGAGGUUUCUACGAAGAUAAAUGACAUAGAAUUAAAUACAUCCACGGGCCCAAAUGUAUCGAAACACGUACGACAACAGGCCGUAGAGACAACGGUAACGAAUGUAUCUUCCGUGACCGAUAGGGUGAUGGAUGAUGAUACAGGAGUGGAUGUAUUAUCGACGGCAUCCUCGAGUAGUGCGAAAGUGGUUAGUGGAGCUGGAAUUGCUACUUUUACACCAUCUACGGGGCAUGUAGAGCAAACAGCAUCGCAUCCAUCGGAUGAGAAAGCCACUCCUGUUGAAAAUAGUGUCGGAGUUUCAUGUAUUAUACCAUCUACUACGACUGCAUUAUCUGGUAGCAUUCCGAUCAAUGGCGUGAAAACUGAAUUGUUCUCGUUGAACUCCACGGUUAGUCAACCAUUGCCAUCCACGGUUGAAUUAACGCUUGGCUCUGUGGUUGCGAGUGUUGUAAGCAGCAAACUUGGAAGUGUCAAGGAGGAUGCUCAACACUUUAAAGAAGAAAUUAAUACUAGCGAUUCACGGAACAAGCGUAUUGAUGAAACUAUCAACGAAUCUAACAGUGCUGACAUUCAAGAAGAUAAAACAAAUGUUACGGGUACAUUACAUACGUGUUUCAUCUGCAAAGCAGAGUUGUGCUCGCGUACACGACCUCUUGAGCGAAGCCGUGCCACGCAGUAUGGAAUAUCGGAAGCGGAUAUCCCUGUUGGAGCUAGAAUUUGCAACAGCUGCCAGUGCAAAUCGGUUAAAUCGCGUUACACUCACUGUCCUCUUCCAACCUGUCCCAAUCCUAAAGAUCGCGUGAAGCGCUUCCGAAAUCUUCCACCUCGGUUGUUCGAACUGGCACCAGAAAUACGCGAUCCGAUCGUGCAAGAGCUUCAAAUACCACCCAAUGUUAGCAAAUGCUGUUCGGCGUGUUUGACACGGAUUCGUCGUAAGAUGGGUCCUCAUCUGCUAGGCAGCAACAGUCUAACCGAAGAGGAGGUUGGCCGACUGAAAAAAUUACUGCAAGAGCAUGGUCCCAAGUGGAGCCAGUUUGCAGAAUCCUUCGGAAAACCAGUUCUAGCCCUUAAAAGUUGCUAUUUUCACUAUCAGAAAAAGUAUGGCCUGGAUGUUGCUUUAAAUGAGUACUAUAAACUGCAUCCCAGUGAGGAUCGUCGGUCGACCUUAACUGAUGGCGAUGAGUCAGAUCUCAGUGCCGGGUCAACUUCCUCAGAUGAACGGGAUGGUAGCAGCGACACUACUGCGUCGGCAGAAAGCCCAACUGCUGGAAAUGGAGGAGUAAAUAGUGGUACAAUCGGAAACGUGACAGUGAUGCCUACGAAAAACAACAGUAGCAGCAUUACUACUGAUGUAAUUUCUAUUGUAGAAGGUGUGCCUACAACAGCUAAAUUGGAAGAAAGCGGGCGAAUCAUACUCGAUAGUGGUAAUGUCCCAUCUGGCGUUAUUGGUGAUAGUGACAGCGUUAGUGGCAGUGAAGUGGCAAUCUCAUUAGCACCACCACCAAAGACCCCAGCGACAAUAACCGGAUCUUCUUCGUCAACAUCUUCGGGUGGUAGUGGUGUCGCGUAUGAGGAUGACCGUUUACUUCCCCCAGGUCAACCUCAGCCAAGGAAAGCAUUACGCCACACGGAGGAAUAUGAUAGUUCAGCGACCGAAACCGCUGAUGAAGAGAAUGAAUCAUCUCCAGCGAAUAGGCAGAGUCCUAAAGUAUCUCUUUCUCAUCCUCCGAUACCACAUCCGCACUACCCGCCACCAUUGCAUCACAGCUCUGGAAUUGCAAUGUUGCACAACUCUAUUAGCAACGCUCAGCAACAAACGAAUGGUCCUCGUUCUAAUGUCAUUGGAGGAUGUGUAAGCGAUAUAAACUCACCACAGAAUGUAAGGGACGUGAUGUUAAAUGUUAUUGAAAGAUCGUUAAAGAAUAACUCACUAGCGGCAACCAGCAAACCACCUCCGCCGGGAUUACGUGACCUACAAUUUGGAUCUAGUGUUACACCAUCCUCUUCUGUGCCCUCUGGACAGCAAAUUCAACCAGUAACAGGAUCUGUACCAGCGCUGGCUUCUUCAGGGGCCUCCUCUACAUCGUCAUCGAUGGGAAGAGAUUUUCGUGAUGGGACGAAAGUAGUGUUAACCUCAACAGGCGGUGUUCCGCAAGUAAUUACAGGAGUUGGUUCUACCGUGACAUCGACGUCCUCCGGUCAGCAAACUAAUCCACUUUCGAUGCCAGUCUCCACAUUAGGAAUUACUGUGGUGAACUCUCAUGGACAAAUAAUUUCUUCGCCAGCAGGCCAGCAGCCGCAUUCAGCUAUACCACCUCCACUGAUUGGUGGUCAUGUGCAAUUAAGUCAUCAUCAUGCAUUGAGUAGUCAAAUUCCGGCAACUAUCACUCCAAUUCCACACUCUAUCCACCUUGGAGCAUCGCCAACUUUGAGUUCAUCUGUAGUUCGUCCACCAAACGAUGAACCACAAACGUUGGAUCUUAGCAUCAAAAAAACACCCCGCACAGAGACGAUGGCUGUAUCGGCUGCUCCCACAAAACUAACGGAAACUAGCAACAAUGUUAGUAGUGGUGGAGGAAACUUUCCACCACCGCCUGCGCACAGCCACAAUAAUAGUAAUCAUUUGAGCGGCACUGCUGGUGGAAAUAGCGGGGCUGGCGGAAGCAGUGGAAAUAACAACAAUAUUAACAAUACAUUUCAUCUUGGUCAUGUAUUAUCAUCAAGCACGCAUGGACCGUCAGUUACUGUCUAUAGAACGGAUGGUACAUUUUCGGGGCCUAACAUUCCUCCAUCGUCAACAUCUGCUGUGGGAGGUGGUACCUAUGUGAGCUAUCACCCGUCCGGGACGGGCGUAUCUGAUGCUAUGGGCCGUACGUUAACAAAAUCCCCUUCGGGAACUGGGGCAGCAUACCUUACCAUACCGCUGGGCACAGGGCCAGGACAGAACAGUGGAGGGUUGUCGAUGCAAGGUUCGACGGGAUCUACACGUCAGUCAACAUUGUCUUCGCUCACACCUCCACCCCCUUUGUCAGGAAGCGGAAAUACAAAGGGGAAGAACACUCCCAAACUGAGUCCUAAAUUAUCUAGUAGUGGUUCUGUCAGCGGUGGUCCUAAAGGAGGUUCCAUUACCCAUGGCACACCGGUGAAUGCCACUCAGCAGCAGCAGCAAAAUCAGUUAAUCAUCCAGGGUCAGCCAACAUCUACGGCAAAUUUAAGCCCACGGUACGAACCGCAUCUUCUGCGUCAAACACCGCCAUCAUCGGCUGCUUCCAGUGGUCGCCCAGGAACUUCUUCAUCUCCGGUCAUAAUGAGUGACAAGUUUAUAGGUUCCAUAACUCAAGGAACUCCUGUGCAUGGGGGCAGUGGGGGACUCCUGUCUGAUAAACGUUCCAGCUCUUCAGCAUACGACUACAAGCGUCAGAGCCCUGCGCAAACAAUAGUAGUUCCUGGCGGGGGCCAUGUAUUACCAAUUCAGUUUAGUCCCUAUGGAACUGGAGUUCGGGGCGUCAGUGGUGGAAAUGGUAACGGAGCUUCAGGCGUUACAGCGUACUCGUCACUUGAGCCAACUUCACAACAGUUGAGUUCAAGACAAAUCAUAAUGAACGACUACAUAACUUCACAACAGAUGCAAGGCCGAACUAGUGCCGCAGGUGGUAAUGGAGCAGUCGGCUCAACUGGUGUUGUACCUUUGGUCGUCAAUGCAGCUGCCAACAGUCGCUCUGGGAAGGAAUCUCCUUUACCACGAAGCGUUGGCGUUAGUGUUCCUGGAGGUCCUACGCCAUUGUCUAUUCCACCGGGUUCAAUAUAUGGUAUCGUAGGAAGCAAUGUAGUUGGGACGUCACCUUUGGGCAUUGUUAGUAGCCGACAGGCUCAGAAUGAUUAUCUAAGCCGAACUUCACCAGCUGCUGAUCAUGUUAACAGAAUUUCACCGGUGUACAGUAAUACGUCUAGUCCACAUCGCACUCCGCCACCACCACAGCGACAAGGUGUUAUACAGCGUCACAAUACUAAUAACAGCAGUGGUAGUGGAUCUGGAGGUAACAGUACUGGAAAUGCCGGCACUGUGGCUAUGGUUGUAGGUGGAAGCGGUGUUUCUUCUAAGCCACCUAGUCCAGCACCGCGAUAUCAUUUACAGCCUCCACCUCCUCCUCAUCAUUAUCUUCAAGAUGCGUUUACCUCGUUCGUUGAUUUAGCGGUUCAACAACCACCGAUGACAGUUCCGCACAAGGACGACGCAAAACGAGGGGUGCCCGAUCAGCAGCAACAACCACCUGCGACGAUAUCGACAGGAUUAUCAGUAGUUGGGCCACCGUCUUCGAGUGUACACCAUGAUAUGCGCUAUCAGCACCCUACAAUGAUUCCAUUCCACCAUCAGCAACAUCAGCUGCAUCAACAAACAAAACAACUUGCGCAAUCGCAAGCACAACAGCUGCAUCAACAACAAAAUAUACAUCAUACGCAAGAACAGUCGAAAACACUGCUUCAAGAUUCGAUUAAGCUACAGACACAGGAACUAUCUAAAACACAAUCACAAUCCCAGCCGCCAGUACCGCUACAGUCUCAAUCCCAUAAUCAGCAACAAUUAUCUCACCAAGCGCAUCAACAACACCAACCGGCUCAAUCGCCUCAGCCACCUCAUUUGCUACAAUCAAAACAACAAUCGCAAUCCCAGUCGAUCCACGCGCAGCCGCUGCAAAAUCCUCAAUUACAUCAUCAGGAGCAUCAGGAUCAUGACCAUGAACAUCAAAAGCAACAGCAAAAGCAACAACAACUCCAGCAGUUGCAUCAACAGCAAGUAGUGGCUGCAGCUGUUGCUCAGCAUCAUCAACACCUGAGACAGCAGCAGGCUGAUAUGCAGCGCCGUCAUCAGCAAUCUCCGUUGCAUCCAUCGUUACAGCAGUUGGGACCUAUAGCGGCGUAUCAACGGGAUCCUCAUCAUCCUGAUCAACGAGAUCGUCGUGAGGAUCUUAAUUUCCGCGACCGUGUUGAACUAGAACGCAAUCUAUUGGUGGAAAGGGCGGAACGUGAACGAGAUAGGGAACGUGAACUUCGGGACCGUGAGAGAGAACGCGAGCGAACCCGUGAAAGAGAACGAGAGCGCGAUCGCGAUCGUGAACGUGAUCGCGAUCGUGAUCGUGAUCGAGAUCGUGACCGUGACCGUGAUCGUGAUCGUGAUCGUGAACGAGAACAGGAAAGGGAACGCGAGCGGGAACGAGAACGUGAACGGGAGCGUGAUCGCGAACAUCGAGAGCGUCGCGAGUUAGAACGUGAACAACAGGCACGGGAGCAUUUGCAUCGUGAUCGCGAACGUCUCGAUCGGCAUCAUGAGGCAGAAGAACGCCGAAGAAAGCAACAAUAUGAUGGAUACUUGCCAGAUAGGCGAGAAAGAGCGAUUGAAUUAAUGAGCGGUCGAAAUACCUCAGAUGGGUCACUUACAGCAGCAAAUUUGAUUGAUGCUAUCAUAACACAUCAGAUAAGCCAAACAGCAGUCGAUCCACCUCCUAUGCCGUCGGUUCGAGAUCCUCAUAGGGCACCAUAUUUUGCGUCGCGCGAUCAGCGUUCUAUUGCAAUGCAGCAAGUGAUACACGAAAACAACGGAAGCAAAUCUCAUUCUCCCAACGUAAUAAAUGUUGACUUGGAUUCUGAUAACGUACAUUCUCAUCACAGACGUGACAGUGGAGGAAUAAGCGGUAACAGUCUUAGUGGUGUAAAAAAUAUCACUCUUGGCGAGUUAACCGAAUCGAUCAUAGCUAAGGACUAUUCGCCCAACCCCAAUCCAUAUCUUCCGCUACGACCACCAAUGAUACCGUAUGGUGCAUCAACGACCGGAAAUCCCGGAGCGGAAGCGAUUCUGGCAGCUGAUCAAUGGAAACAUCGGCGUCCAACGUCUCUAACAACAUCCAGUAAGGAAGAACAAAUGCAACGUGCACACGAAACUCAAAAGGGUCCCGGUCGAGCUACUCCUGAAGAUCGGCAUAUUAUUCGACUUGCGCAAUCACCUGGCCCAAGAAGUAAGUUUCAUGAAUCCGCCUCGCCCGAUGGGCCACAAUUCUUUCACCCGGGCCCUCAUUUGGGACGCGUCGCUGGUGGCACCGGAGUGCCUCAUGCCGGAGCAGGAGGCAGGGAUAAUUUCGUUCUAGACUUUUACGUAAAAAAUCGUAUUGUCGAAGCAAUGCGAACUGAAGAUGAAAAGCGUGCUUCUACCGAUCCUUCGAUGGUGGUAGUUGUUGAUGGAGUCGGUGGGGGUAGUCGGAAUAUUGAACGCCAGCAACAAUCCUCUCCACGCAGUUUCCAAAAUCUCUCACCUCAUCAUCAUCAGCCACCCUCGUCUCACCAUCAUGUGAAGGAAAUUACUUUGGUUGAUCGAAGUGGUACACCGGCCUCUGGAGCAAGCGAUGGACAACCGCAUUCUUUGAAUGAAGAUCACAAACAAAAUCAUCCGUAUCCACAGCAUUCUACGCCUUCUUCCGUAUUAGCAGCAUCGGGUUCUACCACAUCAAGUCCAGCCGUGGUUCAUAGCACAUACCAUCCGCUAACGACGCAGCCGUUAACGUCGUUUACUACCCCACCAACUUACGCCUAUCCGUUUAGUGCCCUUACUGUCGCCAGUGGGGCGCCGCCAACUACUUCCACCGGGCAUCCUUCAUCGCCAUCUACAUCUUCCACGACCUCUAUAGUGAACUUGAUGGGGACUGGAAGUGGUGGAGGUAAUAAUGUUGCUGGUUUGAAAUCUAUGCAUUCAGGAAUGAUUAUCACUGGAAGUGGUGCUGGAGUAACCGGCGGUCUUGGCGGAAACAAUUCUAUUGGAGCAAACAACGGAGGAGGCAACGGAUCUGGUGGUGUGUUGACAGAUGAUCGUCAUAUUACCUCUGCUAUCGAACCGAAACCACUGCUAUCUGCUCAAUAUGAAGCGCUGAGUGAUGAAGAUUAAGGCGAAACCCCUUGGCUCUAAAGCUUAACACACGAAUUGUGUUAAUGUUUUGUUUAUUUUUCAUUGCACGCUCAUUCUUUUUUUUCAACUUAUUUUUUAUCUUCCUUGCUACGAAUUCUGGCCAAAACAUCGUGCACUCAUGUUAAAGAUUGGGUUUUGCGUGUCAGCUUCAUAUUUUACCAUAAAACAAAAGAAACUAAUAGUAAUCAGUUUUUGCAAAUCAUAGUGCAAAGAUGCCCAAAUCUAUCAUGAACAAUAAUCAUAUGCUUCACUCAUUAUAGGCUUUAAAAGAAUUUUCCGAUUAGAAAUAUGGUAUUUUCAAAAAAAAAUAAUGAUAAUAAUAAAAAUGGAGCUUGAUAGUGCCGCGGAAUACGUAUAAAGUAACACGCAGUAUGUCGUGGUUUCGCCAUUUGUCUAUGCUGGCUUGUUCCAACAAGAUCAUGGUAGUGAGCAGGUUCCAACAAGAACAUGAAAGUGGUACUAAGCAAACGUUUGACUAUGAUGAGUAAUAUGAAGAAAUAGACAUUAGCAUGAAAUAUGGACAGGAAUAACAUGGUUCUAAUGGCAAGUUUCGAUCAAUGUCAAGCAAGCAUAUGAUGAAAUUGGAGACGAUACGGAAGUGCAAGAUCUUCCUCAAUAUGGCAAAAUUAUCAAAUAAACACUCAAUACAAGCAUUCUUAUUCGCCAUACUCAAAGCGCCAUUACACAAUCGACAAAAGUAAUAAUAACAGAAAAAAGUAAUUUCAAACCGAUGCUCUUAAACAGUACAUUAUGGAAAAUUUGAACGAUGGUGGGACAGGAAUACAGGUAGAAUAAGUAAUACUUCACAGUCUGGUAGAGAGGAUAGACAUUGACAAAAGCAGAGCUACUACACAUUAUUUGCCACGGCUACUUAACUUUCACGAUUCGAAAUUUCCAUUUUCUUUAGAUUUGGUUGCUACCAACUGAGCGUGUACUGAAUUGAAAUGUUCAGUAACGGAUAUUUCAAAGUUAUGUAUUUUUUAUCCAGAAAUCAGUUUAUAUAACUAAAACAGUUUUAUUAAAGAUCAUCACAAUUGUCAAUCAAUUGUAAGUGUGACAGAUCGAAAAAUAGAAUGUCUCAACAAACUUAUCUUAUCAUUUUGCUUCAGUUAGACAAUUUCGUACGUUUCGUUACACAUCUACCACCGUUAUACAUUAUGCUUCUAUAUUUACACCGUUAUACAUUAUGCUUCUGAGCUGCAAAAUAGAACGAGCGUUUUGACAAACAAACAAACACACGCAUAAGUACUCAUAAACAUACAUAAAUACAUACAAUACUUUAAUACACACAUACACAGACAGAUACAAAAACACACAUAAGCACACAGUCAAACAGAUACAUAAAAAAUCCUUUCAUCAUAAAAAAGAAUCAGAUUGCCCUUUCGAGUCAAAAGUUGCAAUUUACGAAAAUGUUAUGCUGUUCGUUAGUAAGCAACACAUCGACCGAGUAUGGAUGUGUUGUUUUCGUUGCGAUAAGUCCAAUCCGAUUACUUUUGAUCGAUAAGAUCGAGAUCAGAGAUUUGCAUUACGAUCAUUAUCAAUCGUUGGACUCUUGUCACUCUGCAGCAUCCAAAGGGUGUAGAAAAAUGAAAUUAUGAAAAAGCUGAGCUGUGCGUCGAUUGAAAAUAUGAUGGUUUUAUCAUUCGUUUGAAUUGUGUUCCUUGAUCAACAUCUAUUGUAUAUGCUUUGCCGAUGCUAAACUGCCGAUCGAUUACUGUCUGUUUUGUGUGUAUGUAUGCCAUUUUGCGGUUGUAUCACAUAGGUGAAUGAUGUGAAACUGUAUUUCGCGUACAAUCGUAUGGUAAAUAUACAAUGAAACAAAAAUAACAGAGCAAACGUUCUUUAUUCUUUGGAAUGAUCAUUUGGUUGGAUCAGCUUGUGACGAAUGUAAAAGACAUCGAGGAAAAUUGAUGAAUAAUCCCGGGGAAAUAAUAUGAAUAGAAGAGGAAGAAGGGAUCCUGGAAUAUAAAAAUCGUAGCAACUAAUUGCUCUUACAAAGGAUAUUACUCAUUCUGAGAUAGGACACAUUAUGUACAGUAAAAAUAAAAUGAAAAAUAAGUGACCAGCAAGAUACUUUACACCCAAAAUCAGUGGGGUGGUGCGAUUUAUUCUUCAAUCGAUUAUUUUUUUAAUUUCCUUAGUUUAUGCAUUACAUGAUACGAUUUGUUCAUUUUAUUUUCUUAAAAGUAAUUUAGCGAUUAUGCAAAAAAAAAACAAUUAGAAUAUGCAUUAAAUAACGGAAGGGUCGCUGAGAAGUAUAUUACAAACAUAAAUGUAAGGAAUCGAGAAAAUCUGAGUGAACGAAAAAAAAGAAUGGCAAACAUGUAAAAGGAAAUAUAAUAGGUACUAUGAAAAUACUACAAGAAUACGAAAAAAGUGUAGAGCAGUCGUAACUUGUAGAUGCAGAAUAUAUAAGACGAACUGAAGUAAAGAGAAAAAGAAAAAAAAAACAAAAGAAUCGAUAUGAUAUGAAUAUAAGAACGAGUAGAUAGUGAGAUAACACGUAACUAAAAGUAAACAAGCAAAGAAGUAAAGAAAAUAAAGUGAAAAUGUAAAUUAAACUCACGAA